AUGCCCCGGCGUUGGAGCUACAAGGUGGAAACCGUCAUCCUCAGCGUGGUCGGCUUCACCUGCCUGCUGUUCCUCCUCCAGUCGCACAAGAGCAGUCCUGUCCUUGAGGUGGGAGAGACCCCGCUGCCCCGCACGGCCGACCCCAGCCCCAGAGCGACAGAGCCCCUGCCCGAGUGCCGGGAGAACGCCUCCGUGGCCAACAUCUCCGGCUUUGGCGGCCUGCCGGACCACAUCAAGGACUUCCUGCGCUUCCGCCACUGCAGGGCCUUCCCGCUGCUGCUCGACCUGCCCGGGAAGUGUGGCCCCCCGGAGGCCUCCCACCAGGUCUUCCUCCUGCUGGCCAUCAAGUCCUCCCCGGCCAACUACGAGCGCCGCGAGAUCAUCCGCAAAACCUGGGGGCGGGAACGGACCUUUGCCGGCGUCCAGAUCCGGCGCGUCUUCCUCUCCGCGGUGGCAGCCAACGCCCGGGAGGCGCGCAAGCUCAACCGGCUGCUACAGCUGGAGCAGGCCGAGCACGGCGACAUCCUGCAGUGGAACUUUGUGGACAGCUUCUUCAACCUGACCCUCAAGCAGGUCCUCUUCUACGCCUGGCUGGAGAGCCGCUGCCCGGCCGUCCGCUUCGUCUUCAACGGGGACGACGACGUCUUCGCCAACACCGACAACAUGGCCCACUACCUGCUGGGGAUUCCCGGGGCGGGCGACCAGCACCUUUUUGUGGGGCAACUCAUCACCAACGUGGGCCCCAUCCGGGAGAAGUGGAGCAAGUACUACGUGCCGGAGCAGGUCACCGCCUCCAACUCCUACCCGUCCUACUGCGGGGGAGGGGGCCUGCUGAUGUCCGGCUACACCUGCCACGCCAUCUACCAGCAGUCGCUGGGCAUCCAGCUCUUCCCCAUCGACGACGUCUACCUGGGCAUGUGCCUGCAGCGGGCAGGGCUGGCACCCGCCUCCCACAUCGGCAUCCGGACGGGGGGCGUGACGGUGCCCUCCUCCAAGCUGGAGUCCUUCGACCCCUGCUACUACAAGGAGCUGCUCCUGGUGCACCGGUUCGUGCCCUACGAGAUGCUGGUGAUGUGGGACGCCAUUCACCAGCCGGACCUGGUCUGCGGGAAGAAGGAGAUUUACCAGAGCUUGUGA